CAGUCUUUCAUUCACGCACACGCAAUCGCAUGCGUAUGCCGUAGACAUAACAGAAAACAGAAAACCCAGUAACAGAAAGAAACUCCGGACGCUCGGACGCAUUAUGUCAAACUGACAUCGCCUUUCCCAUUCCGUGACGCGCUUGCUAAUCAACACCAUGACCACUCUUUCUCCUCCAUUCCCUCCAAACCCCCAUAUUACCUUAUCCCACUCUAAACCCGAAUGCCUCCCUAAGCCGCACACUCGACAGCUUAGAACAAACACUCAUCCAAUGCACAACAACACAACAAGGCACUACAACAUGCCAAACACCCGGUCGCCGCGCCUCCACCCGCACCCGCAGAUUGCUGCUGGACAUACACGGGCUGAGGCUGUUGCUGGUAUUGCAUUUGAGGAGGGUAUUGGCCUUGAGGGGGGUAGCCCUGGGGUGGGUAGCCGCCGCCUUGUUGAGGGGGGUAGUAGGAUUGUUGGGGGUAUUGGGGUUGGUUGCCGUACUAUGAGCGAGACGUUAGUAAGUGUUCGAGAGUAGGGGGUGUAUGCGGCCUGCGUGUCCUGUCCAGUGAAGAAGGGCAGGAGGAGGAGUAAGGUGCGCAGAUGGAGGGAGACAUACGUAGCCCUGGUUAGACAUGUUGU